AUGGAGCCAGCGACGGAAGUCAGCAUAGCUGAAAAGUCAGCAGCUGGCUUAGCUGUCAACCUUAUCUCCAUCCCAGACGGCAUCUCCACUGGAACAAGCCAUCCAUCCAACCUGGUAACCUGGGAUGAUCCCAAUGACACCGAGAACCCGCAGAACUGGUCGCGGUCGACAAAGCUCCUCAGGUCCGCAGCACCCCUAGCCGUGAUCUUCUCAAUAGCCUUCGCAUCCAGCAUCUUCGGCUCCUCAUCAAGCAUAACAGCCAAAGAAUACGGCGUAUCGGAAGAAGUAAUGAGCCUCGGCGUAGCCCUCUUCGUCGCAGGCUUCGCCGUCGGCCCACUCAUCUUCGCGCCCAUGGCAGAAGUAGUAGGCAACGCACCUCCAAUGGCCAUCGCCCUAGCCGGCUGCGCCAUCUUCCAAAUCCCACUCGCCCUAGCUCAAGGCGUUGCCACAAUCCUCGUCAGCCGCUUCCUAGCAGGAACGUUCGGCGCCGGCGGGCUAGCAGUGGGAUCAGGCAUCCUGGCCGAUAUCUACGGCCCGAUCACACGAGGCGUGGCAGUCGGCAUGUCGGCUACCAUCAUGAACCUGGGCAGCAUCAUCGGCCCAAUCGUAGGCGCAUACAUAGUCGAGCGAUAUGGCUGGCGCUGGACAGCAUGGACAACACUCAUCCUCUGCAGCGCAGUCGGCAUAUUGUGCCUAAUCCUGCUACGCGAAUCAUCCCAUAACCGCAUCCUGAUGCGACGCGCCGCCCGUCUUCGCCACGAAACAGGCAAUGAAAAGCUGCGAGCGCAAGCCGAGAUGGCAUCUCUAGACCCGAAAGUCCUGCUGCGGAAGUACUGCACGAAACCAGUGCGGAUGUUCAUCCAGGAACCAAUCCUGAUCGUCAUGACCACCUACUUGACACUGGUAUAUGGAUCGCUAUACCUAUCCUACCAGCUAUUCCCACGGCAAUUCCAAGGCCGAGGCUGGAGCAAGCCCGCCGCCACGCUGCCAUUUAUAGCCGUUGGUCUAGGCGUACUUACGGCGCUGGGACUUUUCUCGACGUUCACGAUGACAUGGUAUAAACGGCGGUGGAUGGCUGCGCAGAAAGGCUCAGGUGAAUCUGAAUCUCUCACGCCUGCUCGUGUUGCUCCGGAGGGUAGACUGCCGCCUAUGGUGUUUGGGGCUGUUUUGCUGCCACCGGCUUUGUUGUGGUUUGGGUGGACGGAGGACACACAUUGGAUUGCACAGGUGAUUGCGUGCUAUGCGAUUGGGUUGGCGCUGCAGAUUAUCUUUAUUAGUGGUAUUGUGUAUAUCGUUGACGUGUACCCGCUCAACACUGUGUCUGCUAUUAGCAUUCAUGUUAUGGUGCGGAGUCUGGUGUCGGCUACGUUUCCACUGUUCGAGGGGCCGAUGUAUGAGACGCUGCAUAUAAACUGGUCCGCGACAUUGUUGGCUGGAUUGUCGGCUAUCAUCAUGGUGUCUCCGACCUUGUUGAUCAUUUUUGGGUCUCGCAUUCGAAGUUGGAGUCGGUUUUCUGUCGGGGAUAUAUAG